UUUUGGCGUGGUGUCAGGACACGGCGUCGUGGCGGUUUCCGGCGGAAAUCGCGACUAGGGAAAGAGGAAGAAGAGAUCAGCAACUCCCCCGGGCUUCUUUUCGCCGGAGUUUAUAUUAGAGUCCAAUGAAUCGAGUCGAUCCUGCUCCGUAUAGCUUUGCUCCUCCACCGCCGCAACCUCCUCCCUUGCCGCCGUUUCCCCCACCUUCCAGCGCUUUCUGGGAACCUGCAAAUGUGCGCGAUCGUCUCAGAGAACUACAAGACACUAUGAAUCUCGCUGAAGCUCUGAAAACAGAGCUGGAAGUGAUCAUUAAGGCAAACAGUAUUAGAGGAGAUUCUGAGGGUUUGGAGAAUUUGGAUACACACAAUGAGUCUGUUGAUGCGUUUUUACAGUUUCUAUGCAUUAAUAGGAUUGAUUUAAAAAGCCAUGAAUUGAUUUCAUUGGAAGCUGCAAAUGCACUGAUAUUGAAAUUGAGAGCUCAGCUUGAGCCGUUUAGGAUCGCAGCUGAUGAGGCCAGUCCGUGGGAAGAGAAAUCUGUGGCUAUCAGAUUAGGUAAUCGGUUGCAAAAGUAUAAAAGAAACAAACUGUGGAGGAAAAAGAAGAGGAAACGUGUUGCUGAGAAGUUAGCUAUGGAGAAAGAGCAGUUUGAGAAAGUUGAUAAAGAAGCUGAUGAGUGGAUGGCUAGGGAGAUGGCAAAGGAUGUUGCUAAGCAAAAGCUUGAGCUGGCAUUGAUGGUGGAGAAGUUGCAGGAAUUACGCUCCCUCAGGAUUCAGAAGUUGAAAAAACAAGGACGGUUUCUUCCCGAGGAGGACGACAAGUUUAUGGAGAGAGUGAAAGCUGCAGUUGAGGAAGAGGAGCGGCAAGCAAUGGCUGCAGCCGGCACUGCUGCCGCGAGGGAUGCCAUAGCAACCGCCGAGGAGGAGUCGAGAAAGAACCUCAAAGGCGAAAAGGAGACGAAUCAAGAGGAGGAGGCUACGACGCGACCAGCAGAAAAACAAGAGCACAAGGAGACUGGUGGUGAGUACUGGAAUUUGCCAAUGGAGUAUUAUCAGUACUAUUAUGGGAGUAACCAUGAUAUGGGUACCCUUGUGGAGGUUAGAAGAACAUGGGAUGCUUACUUGCGGCCAGGGGGAAGUCGGAUUCCAGGCCACUGGGUUCAACCCCCACCCCCUGCUGACCAAAUUUGGGCUUCUUGCUUGGUCAAGCCUGAUCCUCUUCCCCUAAAACACUCUCAACAAUAAUACUGUGUUUUUGUUUUCCAACUAGACAAAUGAUAUGAAAUGUGUCUAUUGGAAGGGAAAUGAGUUUAUAUUAUUAUUAUUAUAUUUAGAUAAUUUAGAUAUUUCAAUCAUAAUUUCUUUAUGUCUGCAUAAUUUUGUGUCAACAAUAAUUUCCUUAGGUAGCUUGACAUGAAUAUGUAUACACAUCUGUAUGGAGUAUGUGUGCAUGUGUGUGUCUUUUGAACUUUUUCAAAUGAAAGAAAUUGCCAACU